AAUUUGCAUGUGGCCAACUAGCCAAAGCAAUUAACACUAACAAGCCAUUACCCCUGAAUUAAUCAUCUAUAAACCAUUAACUUUUUUUCCUUUCAAAUUCAAGAAAUACAAAUGUCUUUAGCAACCAUAUUCUUGUUCCUCUUCUUCCUUUCUGUUGUUGUUUCAGCCAAUGAGAAGACAUCAGCCUAUGAAGAGCUUCAACACUAUGACUUCCCAAUUGGCAUUCUUCCUAAAGGGGUGAUAGGCUAUGAGUUGAACUCAAAAACAGGCGAGUUCUCGGCGUAUCUCAAUGGCUCAUGUAAGUUCAUGUUGAGUUCAUAUGAGCUAUAUUAUAAACCUGUGAUAAAAGGAGUUAUAUCAAAAGGGAGGCUAAUGAAAUUGAGUGGUGUUACUGUUAAAGUUGUAUUUCUAUGGGUUAACAUUGUUGAGGUUAGGAGAAGAGAUGACAAUCUCCAAUUCUCUGUUGGAUUUACUUCUGCAAAUUUUCCUAUUAGGUGCUUUGACAAAUGCCCUCGUUGUGAAUGUGGAUUGCAUUGUGUUAACGAGGGUGAUGGGGAGUUCAGGCAAAAGCUCCUCGUGUCUUCCUCAUAGAGUACUCUUGCAGUGGUGUACACAUAAUUUUAUG